AUGGCGAAGUUUUUCGUUGUACCAAUAUUUGUGCUGAUUCUCCAACAUGCAACAGCCUCACCUUCUCUGAAGAUUCUACCUGGAUCCGAAGUGCUGGCUGCACCGGGCACGAAUGUAACUCUGACAUGCACAGUGGCCGGGGAUGCAGUUCAGCAGGCGAUAACACUCAAAUGGCUCUAUAAAAAAGAAGUCCAUCGUUCGUGCCGUCCUGCAAGUGGGGAGUUUCCCGGCCCCACUGCGGGACCUGGAGCCUUAGAGAGGCAGUGCAACCUGACAGUUGGGCCCAUCGACCGGUCCUCCGUGGGUAUCUACAAGUGCCAGUUCUUUGACGGGAAGCAACUGUCUUUUCAAACCCUGAAACUCAUCCUCGAUAUGAACGAAUGUAAUGAUGAAUCAACGAACGACUGCGAUGUCAACGCCGAUUGUGUGGACUUGGUUGAUGAUUUCAAAUGUAUUUGCAAGAAUGGAUUCAUUAAAGAAGAGGCUACGGGAAUUUGCCAAGGUAACGAGAGUAAAGUGGACAGGGGUGUUGGUGUUGGUGUUGGUGUUAACAAUGCAGUAGUAGCUGUGUGUGUUUCCGUCGCAUUGUUGAUCAUAGUGGUUGUUGCGCUUGGUGUCUUCGCUCUUCUGAGAGGCAGGAGAAAUCGCGGAAGAGCAUCGGUGAUUCACAACGCACUUGCAGGCACAGCAGAGUCAACUGUGGCAAUGCUUGUAGCCUCAUACGAAGACAGGAUUGCAGAAGCUGCGGCCACAUCUCACGAGAGUAGAAUCAAGCAGCGAGAGCUGGCAUCCAAAGGGGACAGUCUCCCGAGCUGGGCUAAGGGAUGGGAGAUUCUAUGGAGCGACCUGUUGCUGGAUGAUGAGGUGCUGGGGAGGGGGAAUUUCGGCAAGGUUAGAUCGGGCGCCGUCAGGAUUGGCGGCAAGGUGAUUCGGGCGGCCAUCAAAAUGCUAAAAGAGCACUCGUCAAGUUUUGAAAAGGACGAGUUUAUGCAAGAGUUCAAGAUUAUGUCCUCUAUUGGCCAUCAUUCAAACAUCGUUUGGCUCUUGGGGGCGUGCCAGUAUCAAGAUGUGUUGUACGUCGCCUUGGAGUAUCUUCCCCAUGGUGAUCUGCGCAGCUACCUGCGGACGGCUCGCUCACAGUCAGAAUCAGACGAGGAUGCCUUGUCUUUCGAUCAGCUGGUCAAGUUUGCUCUGGAUGUUGCCAAGGGGAUGGAGCACCUUGCUAAAGCGGGGGUGAUUCACCGUGAUUUGGCUGCGAGGAACAUUCUGAUUGGAGAAGCGUUGAUUGCUAAAGUGUCUGAUUUCGGACUGUCCAGAGGGGAAGAUGUCUACGUGCAGAUGUCAUCGAAGAGGGUUCCCCUUCGCUGGUUAGCAAUUGAGUCCGUCAGGCACCACACAUACACCACUCAGAGUGAUGUGUGGUCAUUUGGAAUACUUCUGUGGGAAAUAGUCACAAUUGGGGGAACCCCCUACCCGACCAUUGACAGUGCGUCGUUGCCUGGGAAGUUGAGGAAAGGAUAUCGCAUGCCUAAGCCAGCCAACUGUGAUGAUCAUAGUUAUGCUCUGAUGCACAAGUGCUGGGACGAGGAUCCGAACAAAAGACCAACCUUCACCGAGUUGGUCUCCAUCCUGAGUGGCAUGGCGAGCGAUACAGCCAACAAUACGUAUCUGGUGAUGGAGAAAAUAAGGUACAUCAAUCUGAGCGCCAUCCGCCCCGAGUUUGAUGACAAGUGAGACUUGGCCAAAGCUAAGA